AUGUGGGAGUUACUAUACCGCUGCUUCCCUAAUGUUGACAAGGUUGCCAAAAUGAAAGUUGAAAACAUCAAUGACCUCUCAAAUGGCAUCACAUUGUUGAGUAGCAUUCAUGAAGAAUUUGGGAAGUUCACAAUCGCCUUUAGGCCUACAGACCGCCAGAAUGUAUAUGAGCUGCAAAUGUUCAGACGAUGUCCGCCGUACCUGAGGGGGUCCCUCCCUCCAGACAAGAUUGUGGAGUUUAAGCAAGCCCCAGGUGCAGAACAUCUCAAACUGCCUUCUUCCGAUCUCCUUGAAUGCCAUUGGAGGCUAGCCGAGAUCCUAAAUGCCUCGGGUAUGGCGGAGAUUAUUGACGGUUAUCGUCGCGAGUGGGAGGAUAUCAAGACGGGCGCUGGCAGCUCCCUGAGGGAGGAUGGAAAAACGGAUGUUGGGAAAAUGCUAAGCGUCGCCUUUUGGCAGCAUGUGGCAGGAUGA